AUGAAAGAAACACCCGAAUAUCAAUUUGUCUAUUUUGCUCAGAUCGGAGAUCUUGCACGGAUGAAACAAUGGUGGGAAGAAAAGAAAAUUACGAAUAUUGAUUGUUAUGGAUUGAUGGGAAAUGCAUUGCAUUGGGCUUGUUCUCGAGGACAUGUUGAAAUUGUUAAAUACCUCAUACAAAACGGAGCAAAUGUGAAUAAUUUAACAACACAGCUUUCUGCUCUCAACACUGCUGCUUCUUGGGGAAAUUUAAAAAUUACAAAAAUUCUUUUAAAGCAUGGAGCAGAUAAAUGCAUUCGACAAAGUGUUCUUGAUAAUGGAAAAAAAUCAUUAUUAUCCAUACAUGAAAGAGAGGAAGAGAGAACUCCAGAGGAAGUGGCACGAUUGAAAGGAUUCAUUCAAGUUGCUGAUUAUAUUGCGAAUUUUAAUUAUGAAAAUUAUUUAGUGAGGAAACGAUCAAAAAAUAGAUUUAAGGAAAAACUUUUAAAAAUUCUUUGGCUUUCAAAUGAAAGUCAUCUCGAAGAACAUGCCAAAUGCUGUACAGCUUUUUCUGAUAUUUGCAUUCGAUACGAACAAUUACUUGUUGAAUCAAGAGUAUCACCCAUUUCAUCUUCCUUAAUGAAUACUACUUUUACAAAUUUAAGCUCAUCCUCGAUUAGAAAGGACGAAACUUUACAGGUGGACGCAUCCCCAAUGGAACAUCAUGCGCCUUCGAUGGAAGAAUCGCCAAGUGUCGUCACACCAACCUCAGCAGCGAUAGAACAAAUACUCUUUCCCAAAUCCAUUCCAACAACAACAACAACCAGUAUCGAAACAACGUCAACGACCUUACCGCAUUCUCCAUCGACCACUCCCUUCAAAAAACGAAAACUCAUCCACUCAAGCUCCAAUCCAUCUUCCACUAUGCCCCCAAAGAAGAAGGAAGAGGAAAAGGGUACUUCAAAAAUUACAUCGUUUUUUACAUUGAAGAGAAAAGGUAGUAAUAAUGGCACUACCAACAAUAGCACUUCAUCAUCAGCAUCUCCGAGUGCCAAAGUAAAGAAUGCCUCUUCUUCUUCGGAAGAAUCCAAAAAUAAGAGAAAGAGAGAGCAUGCUUCACAAAAGUCUUUGAGUAAAAGUAGUGAUGAUGAAAUUGAUUUUGAAUUAUCUUCAGACUCUGAGGAGGAUGUGAAACUUGUGAACAAGACCACACCCACUAAGAAACAACAGCAAUCCACACCCACCAAGAAAUCUCCAAAACACUCAACAACAGUUCAUGAAUUAAGUGAAGAUAGUGAUUUAGAUUCAAAAAAGUCGUCAUCGUCGAUCAGGGAAAAAUUGAAUUCAACACCAACUCGACCAAAUACUCGAUCACAAAGUAAGGCGACACCUGAACAAAAGAAAUCCACUUCAUCUUCUGGUACUCCUGUCAAGAGUUCGACAACUUCAGAAGAAAAGAAAACCAAGUCACCAGCAAAAACAACGAAACAACAAGCUACAAAAAAAUCAAAAGUCAUUGCGGAUGAAGAGGAUGACAAUGAAGAAUUUAGUGAAGAUAUUGAGGAAACAAUUCCAUCCAACAAGAAACGAAAGAUGACAGUACCAGAAACUCCAAAAGAAUCUCCAAAAAAGAAGGUUGAGAAAAAAGAAGAAUCAAAGAGUCACUCUGACGCUGUGUCCAAAAAAUCUGCAUCUGAAACACCAAAGAAGAAGAGCUUUUUUGACAAGAGUGCUCACGAAAACAAAACUCGAGCAAAAAAUCCAGGCUGCAAAGAAAUUCCAAAAGGAAAACCCAUGUUUUUGGAAAAGAAAGCAUUUGUCAUUACAGGUCAAAUGGAAUCAUUGGAUCGAGACCAAUUGGAGGAUCUCAUCAAACAAUAUGGAGGUCUUGUUCGUACAAAUGUAUCUGGAAAAACGGAUUACAUAAUUGUGGGAGAUGAUCCUGGAGAAAGUAAAAUGAAGAAAGCGAGAGAAUGCAAAACGAAACAAAUUUCAGAAGAUGACUUUAUUGAAAUGAUUCGAAAAUCAAACCCCAAUGGAAAAUACGACGAAGAUGGAGACGUUUCCAUGCAAGAUGUCAAGCCCACAACAAGUGUGAAAUCUGAAAAAGCAACUAAAGGUGGAAAAGCAACUAAGACUUCAGAAGAGCCAAGUAAUGUCGUGCAAGUUUCUAAAGAAGUAGUUAAAGCACGUAAUGGUGAUAAUGAUCAACUCUGGGUUGAAAAAUAUAAACCCGAUACGUCACAACAAAUUAUUGGCCACAAACAAGAAUUUACCACACUCCUCGAUUGGCUCAAGAAUUGGCAUGCCAAGUACGAAGAAGAAAGUAAUAAGGCAGCACAAACUAAAGGUAGAAAGAAAACAGCUUCAUCCGAUUGGAAGAGGGCUGCAUUCAUUUCAGGGCCUCCUGGAAUUGGUAAAUCCACAACAGCUGCGAUUGCCGCGAGAGAGGCAGGGUUUACUCAUAUUAUUGAAAUGAACGCUAGUGACGCUCGUUCAAAGAAGGCCAUGAAAGAAGAAGUUGUUGAAGUUUGUCUAUCAAAAAGCAUUAAGGACUUUUUCGGAAAACCUGCCAAGAUAAAUCAAGGAAGUAGCGACAAGAAGAAGCAAACCAUUCUCAUUAUGGAUGAAGUGGAUGGAAUGUCCAGUGGAGAUCGAGGUGGUGUUGCAGAACUAGUUCAAAUUAUUAAGCAAACACGCGUACCAAUUAUUUGCAUUGCCAAUGAUAGAUCCAAACAAAAUUUAAAGACACUCAUUGCCAACUGUUUAGAUGUGAAAUUCAGUCGACCAAACAAAGCAACCAUUACAAAACGAAUUUUAGAAAUUUGCAAACACGAGAAGUUAAGCAUUGACUCGAAUGCAGUAGAAUAUAUGGUCGAAUCUCUCAACAAUGACAUUAGAAGUGUGUUAAAUAAUCUCCAAUUGAUUAACAGAUAUAGCACAAAAGAUCACAUUGGAUAUCUGGAUGCCAAAACCAAUGACGUGACAAAAACAAGUACCACCGAUGGAAUUUUCGACGUCGUUCGAGAUGUUUUUGCUCCAAGUAACAAGCCUUACAAUGAUCGUUUAGAAGAUUAUUAUUUUGACACCAUGUUAGUGCCACUUUUUGUAGAACAAAAUUACAUUAACAUUCGACCCUCUGGAGUUCCAGACAAUGAACGAAUGGAUCGAAUUGCUCUUGCUUCAGAUUCUAUUUCAGAAGGAGAUGUAGUUGGCUCGAAAAUAUAUCGAAAUAUGGCGUUUGGAAACAUGAAUACUCAUGCUUUUUACAGCACUUUAUAUCCAGCCUAUUUUGUGAGAGGAUCUUUCCAAUCUCUACGUACCUAUGACCGAUAUUUCCAAUUCCCAAUGGUUUUGGGUAAGGGAAGUACAACCACUAAAAAUUAUAAUCUAUUAAGGGCCAUUCAAAAAUCAGCUUCUCUGAAAGCAAGUGCAGACACAAAUGAAAUGUUGGACUAUUUACCGCUUCUCUCCAAAACUUUGUUACAACCAUUAUUGGAAGGAGGAAAAGAAAAUGUGGAUGAAACUAUUGAAGCCAUGGAUGAAUAUCAAAUUUCAAGAGAUGAAUUAGAAUUCAUGUGUGAAUUAACAACCUUUAAAGGUAAAAAUGUUUCUGAUACACACAAGGACUGGUUUUCACAAGUUGACACCAAAACCAAAACAGCACUCACCAAACAAUAUAACAAAGUUCACAAAGGAUUCAAUAAGGUCACUGCUGCCUUGGCGAAUCAAUCUGAAGGUGAAGACUUGUUGAAUUCGGGCGAUGAAGAAGAAGAAGAUGAUGUCAAACUUGACAAAUUUGUGAGUAAGAUGAAGAGUAUUAACAAGUUAGAAUCUUUUGAAAAGAAACGAGAAAGGGCAGAAAAAAAGAAGGAAUCCUCAUCUUCGAGAGGUAAAAAGACAACAAGCAAAUCGAAAAAGUAA